CGAGCUGGCUGCGCGCAGUGCAGUGCUGAGAAACUAUCCAUGAUUAGAAAUUACUAGCAGUGGUGAACGCGAGUUGGGUUGGGUACAGUCGGCAGCUACACGCUGCGUGCGCGCCGAAGAGAUAGAGACGAAGCUAAGGCCACGCCGAGCUUGAAAAUGGCGGUCGCCGCUCAUUCUUCGUCGCUUUCCUUCCUCGCGCUGCUUCCUCUCCUGCUAAUACCUCCCGUGGUGCUGUCCGCGGCCGGGGUGGCGGCGGUGUCGUACGAGACCAAGUCCAUGGACCCUGGGCUCGUCGUGAUGACGCUGCCGGAGCCGGUGUCCGGGCCGGAGAGCCUCGCCUUCGACGGGCGCGGCGGCGGGCCCUACUCCGGCGUCUCCGACGGCCGCGUCCUCCGCUGGGAAGGCGGCCUCCGGGGAUGGACCGAGUACGCCUACAACUCCAAGCACAAGAACGUGGCGAUGUGCGCGCCGGAGAAGAAGCUGGUGGUGCCGGAGAGCGUGUGCGGGCGGCCGCUGGGCCUCCAGUUCCACCGGCAAUCCGGCGACCUCUACGUCGCCGACGCGUACCUGGGGCUGCUCAGGGUGCCGGCGCGCGGCGGGCUCGCGGAGGUCGUGGCGGCCGAGGCCGGCGGCGAGCCGUUCAACUUCCUCAACGGGCUGGACGUCGACCAGCGGACCGGCGACGUCUACUUUACUGACAGCAGCACCACAUACCGUAGGAGCGACUACCUGCUGGUGGUGGCCCUGGGCGACGAGACGGGGCGGCUGCUCCGGUACGACCGCCGCGCGCGCCGCGUGGAGGUGCUCCGCGCGGGGCUCUCGUACCCGAACGGCGUGGCCGUGGGCGCCGGCGGCGACCACGUGGUGGUGGCGCACACGGCGCUGUGCGAGCUGCGGCGGUACUGGGUGCGGGGCCCGCGGGCGGGGCGGUCGGAGACCUUCGCGGAGCUGCCGGGGUACCCCGACAACGUGCGCGCCGACGGCUGCGGCGGGUACUGGGUGGCUCUGAGCAAGGGCGUCGCCACGGGCGGCGGCGGGGCCGGCCCGGCGCCGACAGUGGCCGUGAGGGUGUCCCCGGAGGGCAACGUGACGGAGGCGCUGGACGGGUUCAGCUUCGUGUCCGUGAGCGAGGUGGCCGAGCGCGGCGGCGCGCUCUGGGUCGGCUCCGUCGACACGCCGUACGCCGGCGAGCUCAGGCGGCGCAUCGGCUAGCGUUUGGUCGUCGUGCAUCUGUGUCCAGCACGCACGUGCGGUGCCACGCACGUCGUUCGUUCGUCGUCACAAGUGUAUAUGUAUGCGUGGUGCAUCAGCAGCGUAUGUAGAACAUGUGGAUUGUGAUUAUUGUAACAUUGGAUUGGAUUAGAUGUGCCAUUGGCCGCCGUAGCCAGCACUCGUUGCAAUGGUUUCCGGUUAUCACGUGUACCUUCUCUUAAUGCAUGGCCACGUUAAUGGCGCCACUAUUCACCUCUGUUUGGUGAUUGUCGUCCACGAUCCACUCGGUCGUACCGUGUUCCAUGUGUAUCUAUCUAUUAUCUUAAUAUAAUAGUGGUAAAAGAAGUCACCGAGAGGUCUA